GUUGACGACGCGCACGCAAAAGCCGCACGGUCAGGGGCCGGAGAUACUAGAUGCUUGUGAUUGGUGAUCAAAGCGAAAGAUUCCCGAUAGCGACGCGAGAGUUGAUGGCAUACCGAGUAUUCAUACUCAUCCCAUCCCCCCAUCUAUACACCACUGUCUGUCACAUGUUGCAACUUUACAGGUUCACAUUCUCAUCUACCAAAUAUUUCUAUAUUUCUUAGAUAGCCACUCAUUUUUCAACCUACACAGCUCGUUACGUUGUUUUACACAGCACAUUUACACUCGUUCCAAAACCUGUCAUCAUGCACUUCCGACAAAUCCUCUCCUCGGUGGCUCUGCUGGCUGUUGGUGCCUCGGCCGCACCGCAAAAUAAGCGUGAUGUAGAAACCAACGUGACGAUCUACGCCUGGGGUACCGGCCUCUCCGGUCUGCCUGUGUUCGCCGGCACUGAUGGCAUCGCUUACAUGGCGGCUUCCCCUCCUGCCAACCUCUCGGCCCUGACCUGGGACAUCGACAUCACUGGCACCGCCCCCUGGAACGUAACCAUGGCCGAAAACUCGACUUCCAGCAGCGUAAACACCACCAACUCGCGCAGCUUCUUCAUCGUGUCCUCGAGCGACGCCUACGCGCCCUGCGGCUUCGUCCCGAAGAACGGCAGCAUGCCCGAGGGCGGCCAAACCGCCGGCUUCAUCAAGUGGGGCUCCGACGUCAUGGUUAAGAACGGGUCCACCUACACCUCGCAGUUCUGGGCCCAGAGCACUAGUGACGAGGGUAUUUGGUCCCUCAUGUGGAACUCCGACGGCAGCUCCCAGGAUAAUGCUAUUCCUGUGCUGUUGAAGACUACGGCGCCUGUUGAUACCACGAGUUAGACGGGGCUUGAUCUAGUCGCGGUGUGGAUAGGGUUGCUCGUAGGAUCUGUUCCGAAUGACAGUUCAGGACAGGCGGGGUGAGAUGGAUUAAGGAGAUGUUGUUGUUCUGGUACAUAUAUAUCAUCCACACAAGUUAUUGUGGGAGGCUUAAUACGAAGUAUAACAAUAAUCAGAACACCAAUAAUCUUGUAUAUUUGGAUCAAUACUUCUCGACUUGGACUUCAGAAUGUGUAAUUUACG